CCUGGCCACAGCUACUGCUUUGUCUCAUCAGGACAGUGGUGGGAGAUGCUGCUGCUCCUCCUGCUCACAAAUGCUUUUGUCCUUCUGCCCUGGGCUGGGGCUGAAAGGAUCAUUGGUGGAAAGGAAGCUGAUGCCCACUCCAGACCCUACAUGGCUUAUUUAAAAAUUCAAAGUGGCUCAGGACCCAGUUACUGUGGAGGGUUCCUGAUUCGCCCAGAUGCAGUGCUCUCAGCAGCUCACUGUGUGCAUAAAAAAGGGAGACCAGUGAGGGUCACUGUGAUUCUGGGAGCCCACAAUAUAAACAAACGAGAACGGAGCCAGCAGAAGAUCCGUGUGGGACAAUGGGUCAUCCAUCCUGAAUAUUCCCCUGAUGACUUGAAAAAUGACAUUGUGCUGCUGAAGCUGAAGCCAAGGGCCAGGAUCAAUGAGAACGUGCAGUUUAUCUCCAUCCCCAGGAGAAAUGAACGUUUGAGAGAAGGAGCUUUAUGCACAGUGUCUGGUUGGGGCUGGACAUCUGUGACAGGAAACAAGACUAAUGUGAUGAGAGAAGCGAAACUGAAGGUGCAAAAGGAGAAAAUGUGUCAGCAGCUUUUCCCUAACUACCAGCGUCAGUCUAUGAUCUGUGUUGGUGAUAAACACAGUAAAAAAGCAACUUACAAGGGUGAUUCUGGUGGCCCAUUAGUCUGCAAUAAGAAGGCUCAUGGCAUUGUUUCUCAUGCACGUGAACGAAACCUCUUCCCUGAGGUAUUCACCAGGAUCUCGUAUUUUGAGCCCUGGAUCCGUAAGGAGCUGCAGAAGUUUUCACUCCAAGAUAUUCCUGGCUCUCCAUUCUCUGACUAAAAUGCUCAGUGCCCCUUCUCCACAAUGCAUCCAACACCUGCUGGUGCUCACAAGCUCCCAGGGGCAGCUGGAGUCAGAGAAGCCCCUGUGGUGCAGGCACAGCUUUGGCACUGAGUCUCCGUGGCAAGCUACAAAUGCAGCUCCCAAGUACACCCAGCUUCCCAUUGCUCCCUUCCUCCCACUGCUGCUCCAGCUCUGCUUCUGGCCAUCAAUAAA